UCGUGCAGUAAUUAAAAAGGACUUGGGGUACGGUGAAGGUAGAUUGGGGUGAGAGUGGGCCCCAUGGCUGGCUGGCCCAAUGAAGAGUUCUGCUGUUAGCUGUUGGUGUACAACCGUGGCUCUCUCUCUCACUGGAUCUCCUACUCAUGGAUUUACUGGCUCUUUCUGUGAUAUUGGUGGCAUUUUGCUUCCAGUGCACUUGGCAGGAGGUUUCCUCAUGGGCUGACAGAGACAGUUGGAACUACCUCUCUUUGCGCUAUGGCAUAUGGCACAAACCAGCACCCACCAUUAUGGCCGCCCUGAGGGAUGGAUACGUUCGGAAAAAUAAUAACUGCAAAACUAGAAACCAUAUAGGAUUUUUGUACCACAGACAUGGGGAUACAAUAUCAAUGCCCAUCUAUGAUUCCAAUGGACGAAUAGCAGGAAUACAGUCUUCUAUACCGGGCAACAUGUGGGGUUACAAUUCCCAAAACAAGACAAUUUCCCUACCACCACCGAACCUUAUUCCCCCAUUUUUACACGGCAGCCAGAACUCUCGGGGAAUCCCCUGGUACACCCUCACAGCAUAUUUCAAACACCCGAGACUAAUAUGCAAUCCGACAGAUACGAAGGCCAGGCGUGGCAGAGGCCUGUUUAUACAGAUGGGUCUGAACGCUGAAUCAGAGUACAUGGAAAUCCCCCUCCACUCUAAAGACUUGAGUCCCCACUGGGUGAAAGGAACAUGUAUGCCCCAAAUGGGAAUGCACUACUUUAUGAACCUGUCGCGGGACAUGCCAUGUGAAAACCUGUACCCGGUGUUUCUGAUGUACAACACAGAGGGACAACUAGGGGCCUUCGGCUGGUCCUUCCAGGGCAAUCCUUCACAACGAAAUAUUCCUGGAGACAUGAGCUGGUUUAAACUAGAACCCACAUUUUACCCUUUUCUCUUUGGAUCAACACAGCUACCAAAAUGUAUGCACUAUGAGAAGUUCCGCGUGAGCGGGAUGCACAUCUGGCUGCGUGAUCCCAACACAAUGCUGUGCACAGCCGCCACAGUACCAGUGACCAGGCCAACCACCACGACUGUGGCCACCAGCCGGACACAGGCCACAGUGGACAUUGCUAUAGAGAGCCAGGAGCCCAUCUCGCUCUCAGACUCUCUCACUCCUAACCUUUGUGUGAUAAUGUUGACGAUACUGAUGUUGGUGUUAUGAUAAUGUUGGAUGAAGUGCUGUAGCCUCUGGAGGAGAGUAGGAACGAUGCUUCUUCCUUCAGAUCUUGUACAAUAUCGUGUUUCUGUCAGCCUAAUCUAGGUGACUGACGGACAAGGGAAGACCAUCUGGAACUUCAGGUUUUCUGUGCUGAUUAGUUCCAAUCUAGCUGGAUGACAUGACAUGCGAGUGCUGAUUUACAGGCGGGCAAAGCAGCACAACAACCUUAUACCCAUUCCUCUGCCGGCUGUACAAGUGUCAUGAUACAAGCAUGGGCCAUAAAUAAUGGUGGUAAUCAGCACGGCAGUCAGCCCUGCGGCUACCCGAUGUUGACGGCUGCACACAGGACGCAGCCCCUCCUACAUGUUGCAUGGGGAAUUUCAUAUCGGGCCAUAACGCAUCCCACAGCAAAAGUAUGCUUAUACAAAUUGCAUAUACAAACACCUCUAGCUGCCAGUUAGUAGCGAGAACAGCCCAGGAAAAUUAUUACAAUAAUGGGUCUCCAUUGUAUGUAGUUCCGUGACGGAUUUCCCCAGAACAUGUGUCCACUUGAGGAGAUGUUCAGGAUUUCUGAUGGAAGCCUGCAAUCUUAUCUCUCCCUCUGCCCCCCCAACCCCCCCUCUCUCCAUAUCUCCAUAUGAAUUGCUUAUGACACGAGAUAAACAAUGUAUCAGUGAGUAGGUACUCUAACAGACAGGAGACAAGAGACUGGUGUGACCAGUGAAUCCCAGGAUUGGAAGCUGACAGAGACGCCUCAGGAGGACCUAGCCCACUUUAUUUCUCCACAUAUAUAUGACAAUCAAUAGAUAAUGUGAACUAUUUUAUAUCAGAGCAUUGUGAUAUUGAUUCUGCAGACAAUGGCAUGUCCGUCAUCAUGGGUAUCUCCAACCUGUAUUAACCAAACAAGUUCUGACCAGGUUUUCCCACAAUCCAGCAUACUAAUAAUCAAAUCCAAAACCAGUCAUUGAGAAUGUUAUAAAUCAAGUUUAAUUAGCGAUGGACAUUAGAGAAAUGAUAACUGUUCUCAUUCUUCCAAACUCCUAUACAUUCAUUAUUUCAUAUAAAUGCAAGACCUUUAAACUGUUACAAUAUUACACUGUCAAAAGUAAUGAAUCUGUACUUUUUUUAGGUAAAAGAUAAACAAUAAUAAUUAAUACUAUCACAGAAAACUCAUGAAACUGCUAAAUCUGAUACUUUCCCUAAAACUGUCUUGCUGAAAAGUUGUAAACCCCUCAGACAAAUUUUCUGACCUUGUUUGAAAAAGUCAGUGUACGGAACAAUGCUGGUGCUUAUAGAGUACGACCGCACUUGAAACCGUUCAAUGCUGAUCGCUAUGACAGUGUAAAACCCGAUGCGAAACUUUCGCAGUGAAGAAUUCUCCUUGAGAGGAUCCCAGUCUACAUCUCUAUUCGAGCCAGUCACAGAAUCCAUUGAAAACUGUCACACCACACAAACCCCACUGAUACUGUCACUGCCUACAAGCUAAUUUGAAACUGUCAGAGCAUAUAUCUCCUUCGCUGAUGGACACAGCUUGCUAGUUCUACAAGAGACAGUGAGUCUAUGCUUGUCAGACUGUACAACCCCCAGAGGCCCAAUAAUGCCCUACAUGCACCCCGAUAGACAGAUCAUACCUAGUUCUGUUUGCCCACUCUGUUCGCAAGAGCUUCAGGGAAUACUAGAAUACGGAAAAAUUAAAAUCAAACUGAGGGAUGUAAUCAAUAAUGGUAAAUGUCUGCAGCUCAUCAACUUAUUGCUGCCAUGACAACGGAGGAAAUGGAGUCAACGAUGAUGGUUUUGUAGCCAGAGAGCGAAACAUUACCAAAGAGACCAGAGCUCAUCCAUCUUGGGGAGCUGAAUCUAAUGUCUUGCAAUAUUUACUACAAAUAGAACAUAUUGAAUAUGGAAUUUUGCAAAACAUUAGGAUAAAAGGCUUGUAUGUUUCUUCCCUCUUCCCCAAACAAAAAAUAUGUUAAAUGUACAUUUGUAUCAUUGACAACAGGAGUUAACAACAGAUACAAAAUCCCUGGUGAUUGCCCCAACUGGGAUUUGAGUCAGAUCGCGGAGAACAGAAUAUCAAUUUUUACUCUCGUCUCGAGCUUGAAGCAUCCAUCAUUUCAGCUGACAUUUUCCAUUCAGCAAAUGUUAACCAGCUUGAAAUUUAUCCCUCUCACCCACAGCCAAAAAAAACCCCAUUGAUAUUCCUAGCACUAGAAACAUAUGAAGAUAUUUCCGUUGUUCUGUCAAACUAUGGGGUCGAUGUGGAUGGACACCAGCUAGCGUGUAAAUUGGCUGCCUUACAUAUGUACUCCUGCCUUUAGCCAUUACCAUUUUUUUAAAAUCCAAAUCCACAUGGUAAUGUUUAGCUAUUUAAUACCCCACUUUAAAAAAACAUGCUCCUCUUAAAGCAGAAGUUCUUGUAUUUGAGUUCCCAGUGCUUCACAGGUAGGUAAGAGAAUGUCAUUCUGAUGUAGAGGAAUUAGCCCUUAAUGACAGCUGGCCUUGCUACAUGAUAAUGAGUUGAGACAGAAGGGACAAGAUUAUGAGAAGUGAUGGGGUUUGCAGCAUGACCAGCCAACAAGGCAACCUACACACUUAGCAUGGAGCCCCAUCAGCCAAGCUUGGCAGGCAAAUUACUUAUAGGGAUUUCAGUGAGGGGCUAAAGUGGUGGGCGCUCCAACUGGAAACCUCAAUUACAGUGCUUGGACCAAUGGCAACCUGUCAAGCUGACAUCUUCAGCCCUGUGCUGUGCACCACCACAAUCAAUAAGACCUGGAAAACAAUCUACCAGCUUCAACCAGCACAAAUGAUUAUGUAGAUUCUGGAGAUUUUUCCCCCUUCCUAUUGUUAUUUUGUUUUUUGCACUCAGCUAUGAUAAAAGGUGCCUAUGCUGUCAUGCACUAUGGAAGAGAGAAAAAGGGCCUGAGAAGUUCAUCUGUUCAGGUCAGUGCAACAUGUGCAUAUUACAAUCUGCACACAGUUGUGUAAUGACAACAUCUUAUUUAUAAUAACUGAUUUUAUUGUGUAUUGACAUAUAUCUUCAGUACAGAAACUCUAACUAUGCACUUCUUACUGACUAAUCUCCAGUGUGCAGGUGAACUACCAGCUCUAGUGCCUGGACUCCUUCAGGUUAGGUCACCUUGGAUUGGUGGACAGUUGGUCACGUGUUCAUGACAGAAAUAUCGCCAUUGGCAUUGGGAUGUAUAAUGUACGUAUCAAACAGGGUGUUGAAAUAAUCAACAGGACAAAGUGUGUGAGUCUGUGAAAAGAACACAGAAAAAUGCAUUUGUGAACAGAACACAAAAAACUGAUUAGGCGAAGAGAAUACAAAGAAAUGAAUCUGUUAACAGAACACAGGAUAAGGAAUCUGUGAACAGAACACAAAAGAAGGAAUCUUUGAACACAACAGGAGAAGGAAUCUGUGAACAGGACACAGUUGAAGAAAUAUGUGAACAAAAAAACAGAACGCGGCAGAUAUGGGAUAAGACUACUGAAACCUGCAUCAGUGAACAAAAGACAGAGUAUUGAUAUAGAUUUGGAGAAUAUUCCAUGAGAGAAUGUUCACUCACACGGGCAAAGUUGAUACUUUGUGAUCAGCGUUUUUUAGAAGUGCUUGUAUUUCGAACCUUAUGACAUUGUAAAUGUUUGUCUGAUUACACAUACAUGUAUAUGUACUACCCUAACCGUCUGUGCUGCGUAGAAGCUUUGUCCAGUCACUUCUCUCCCCUCCUAUACAAAUCCUUACCCCUCUAGGCACAUUAUCUUCACACUACGUGCCUUCACUUUAGUACCAUCUCUUAGUUCUGUGUUUCACGCACCA